UGUCAAAACUUGGACAUGACACAAAGCAACUAAAAAUCUACAAUAAAUAACUUCUCUGCCUCGCUGCUUUCUGUGCUUGGCUCUCGGAAGGAAAUCAAAACCAACAAGAAGAAUUCCCGCGAAAGAACUCGGCAACGGCUAUAAAUUUUCAAAUGGCUACCAUUGUUAGGGCAAAGGCUUUACUCCAAACAAAUUCACCCUAUCUCAGGUAUUCUCACUACUUCCGCUGCUUCGCUUUCGUCUCAAACCCUAACCCUAGGACAAUCCAAACCUUAGAAAUUUCUUUGAAAGAAGAUAUUAGAGCAGAGGAGACGGAUUUAUCGACAUCUUUGACUAAUUCUUUCGUGGUAGAAAAGAUCGUUUUGAAUCUUAUACAAGGAAAGCUCAAUUCCUUACGCCAUUUCUCAUCCAAUUUGAAUCCGUCGGUUGUCGUCGAGGUACUGUACAAAUUUCACUCAAAUUUGUUAUUAGGCCAGAAGUUUAUAGAUUUAUUAGCAGCUAAUCCAACUUUCAAGCACUCGUCCUACUCAUUGAGUGCGAUGAUUCAUAUCUUAGUUAGGAGUAGGAGGAUAUCUGAAGCUCAGGUUUUAGUUCUUCGAAUGGUUCGAAAAAGUGGUGUUUCGAGGAUUGAAAUUGUGGAUUCACUUGUGUCUACUUAUCGGGAUUGUGAUUCGAAUCCGCUGGUUUUUGAUCUUCUGAUUAGGACUUAUGUCCAAGCAAGGAAACUAAGGGAAGCUUCCGAAGCGUUUCGGAUCUUGAGAAGUAGAGGUUUUUCUCCUCCUAUAAAUGGUUGCAAUAGCCUUCUUGGAGGGUUGGUUAAAAUUGACUGGAUUGAUAUGGCAUGGGGGAUCUAUGAUGAUGUAAUUGGUAGCGGAAUUCAAGUGAAUGUUUAUACACUGAAUAUCAUGGUCCAUGCAUUGUGUAAAGGAGGGAAGACUGAAAAUGCCAAUAUGUUUUUAUCUGAAAUGGAAGGGAAGGGUGUUUUCCCCGAUAUCGUGACUUAUAAUACUCUAAUCAAUGCACUUUGUCGUGAAGGAAAAUUCGAAGAAGCUCUCAAGUUGAUGGACUCAAUGUCGGCCAAAGGGUUAAGGCCUGGCAAUGUCACUUAUAAUGCAAUUAUAAAUGGUGCCUGUAAGAAUGGAAAAUAUGUGAGAGCAAGGUCGACUCUGAGUGAGAUGUUGAGGAUUGGGUUGAGUCCUGACACAUCCACAUAUAAUAUAUUGCUGGGGGAAUGUUCUAGAAAGAAUGAUGCAACUGCUGCUGAUGAAAUAUAUAAUGAAAUGCUGCAACAGGGUCAUGCCCCUGAUUUAGUUAGCUUUAGCUUGCUGAUUGGGUUAUUUUCCAGGAGAGGUGAGCUUGACAAAGCUUUAUCAUAUUUUAGAGGAAUGAAGGGUUCUGGUUUGGUUCCAGACAGUGUGGUUUAUACUAUGCUUAUUGGAGCUUUUUGUAGAAAUGGGAUUAUAACAGAGGCUCUCAAGCUGCGGGAUGAAAUGGUGGAGCAAGGUUGCCUUCCUGAUGUCGUGACAUACAAUACAAUUUUGAAUGGAUUCUGCAAGGAGAGGAGAUUAUCUGAUGCUGAUGAUGUUUUCAGUGAGAUGGUGGAGAGGGGGAUAUCACCUGAUUAUUAUACUUUCACUACACUCAUACAUGGCUACUGUAAGGAUGGAUAUGUAGAUAAAGCAGUAGCCUUGUUUGAGACAAUGAUUCAGAGGAAUCUCAAGCCAGACAUUGUAACCUACAAUACUUUGAUUGAUGGAUUCUGCAAGAAAGGCGACAUGGACAAGGUUAAUGAGUUAUGCGAUGAUAUGAUGUCUAGAAGAAUUUUUCCUAAUCACAUUUCUUACAGCAUUUUAAUUAAUGGUCUCUGUAGUAAAGGAAAUGUCACCAAUGCAUUAAGAUUGUGGGAUGAGAUGAUGGAAAAAGGAAUUGAGCCCAAUCUUGUGACUUGUAACUCAAUUAUUAAAGGUUAUUGCCGAUCUGAGGGUGCUGCUAAAGCUGAUGAGUUCCUGAACAAGAUGAUUGCAAAAGGGAUAGGUCCUGAUAAAAUAACAUAUAAUACUCUGAUUCAUGGUUUUGUGAGAGAGGAAAAUAUACAGAGGGCUUUUGGCUUGGUCGAUAAAAUGGAAAGUGAGGGGCUCUUACCUGAUGUCAUUACAUACAAUGUAAUCCUGAAUGGGUUCUGCAGAGAGGGUAGAAUGCAAGAGGCAGAUAUGAUAUACAGGAAGAUGAUUGAUAGAGGUGUAAAACCUGAUAAAUCUACAUAUACAUCAUUGAUAAACGGGCAUGUUGCAGAUGACAACUUAAAAGGGGCAUUCCGACUUCAUGACCAAAUGCUGCAAAUGGGUUUUGUGCCAGAUGAUAAGUUCUAAAAUCAUUCUUCUCGUUUAUAUAAUGACAUACAGUUUCAAACAUUAUCCUUGGAUUAAAUGAAGGCUGACAAAGAGAAUAAGUGAGAAAGAGAGAGCAUUGGAGGCUGGACAGAAGUUUAAUAAGGUAUAACUUUGUCUAUGUUCUACAACUAGACUUUUUAAUUUUCAUUCCAGAUGUCCUGAGUUACUAGUCCAUCUAUUGUUGGAGAUAUGUUUUCUAGUUGCUGCUGAGGAUAUUUUACUCAACUAACGAGUUAUGCAUGAAAAUCAAUUGCAUAGAAUAUGUUUCUUCAUGUUUCUUACUCGAUAUCACAUUGCAUACUUGUUUCCCAAUCAUAGUUGUCAUGGCGUCUAGGUGACCCAAGGCAUUGGAGUGGUCCUGGAUGCAAGGCAACACUGCCUAGGCGA